AUGUCCGAGCCCAUUCUCUACUCGUUUUGGCGAAGUUCCUCUGCAUGGAGAGUGCGAAUCGCAUUGGAAUUGAAGAAAGUCAAGUAUCAGCAAGUACACAUUCACCUUUUCAAAGAAGAACAAGUAAGUAUACGAGUUUUGGAGACAUGUUAUACGAUGGAAAGUUUUUUGCGUAUAACAUGUCGCCAACUAGAGCUAAAAGUUUGUACAAUAGAUAUUGUGUUCUUAACGUCACCGGUUAUGAUAUAAGAAGCCAAUUUCGCGUGUAUAUCAACUAGGAACCCUAUGGGGACAUUUUAUGCGAUGAAAAGUUUCUUUCGUAUAAAAUGUCGCUAAGACGAGCUAAGACGUUCUGUUAUAAAUUUAUUAUAUAUUUUCAACAAACCAUUGGCCAUGACUUCACGAAGAGUAGGUCAUUUUCUACUAGCAAGUGGCACUUUAUACGAUGAAAAAUUUCUUUCGUAUAAAAUGUCACCCAAACGAGGUAAUAGUUUUGCCACAAAUUAAUAUUUUGUCGUCACGCUAUUGGCCGUGUUUUCUCGAAAAUUAGACCACUUUUCACAGGCAGAAGACAUUUUAUAUGAUAAAAAGUUUCCUUCGUAUAAAAUGUCAUCCAAACGAGGUCACAGUUUUACCGCUAAUUAAUAUUUUUUCAUCACGCUAUUGGCCGUGAUUUCUCGAAAAAUAUUCCACCUUUUACCGAACGGUGACAUUUUAUACGGCCAAAAGUUUCAUUCGUAUAAAAUGUCCCCAUUUCUUUUCAGAACAACAAAAAGUACUUGGACUUGAACCCAGCCGGAUUUGUCCCCCUUUUUGUCCACGAUGGCCAUGUCAUCCCCGAAUCUUUGGCCAUUUUGGAGUACCUUGAUGAGGUUUAUCCGCAAGAGCCUAAACUAAUCUAUGGAGAUGCCGCUCAUAAAGCGCUCAUCAGAAGCUUGGCGCUGAUUGUAAGCUGGCAUUCUUCGUUUUGUUUGACUAAUAAAAUUGCAAAAAAACCUUGUUUUAAUUUUCAAUUCUUCCCGAAAUUCCUGUCAAAAAAUCGUUUGUUUAGAUUAUAACCAAUAUCCAGCCAUUUCAAACGUCUCGCGCUGUCAGCCAGCACUCAGCCGAUCCAGUAAAACAGGAUGAAUUUCCCAAAUUUUUCAUCGAACGAGGCUUCGAGACGCUGGAGAAACGACUCCAAAAAACGGCGGGGAAAUUUGCCGUGGGCGAUAAAUUGUCGCUGGUCGAUGUUUGUAUCCCUCCACAGGUCUAUCAGAGUGCCAGGUAGUUAAUUUGAAAAGUUUUCAUUUUUUGAUUUUUGCACGGUGCGGCCUGUUUUUUAGUGCAAAAAUGCGGUUGCACAGUGCAGUGAGGAUUAUUUUUGUUGAAAAUAUGUGAUUUUUGAAUUUUUUUCAGCUGAAAUGAAUUUGAAUUUUAUUUAAUUGGACUAUGGAAAUGAUCAGGCCGAUCUUUUUUUCUCAAAAAAAAAAAAAAAUUAUUUUUUUUUUCAGAUUCAAUGUUGACAUGAACAAGUUCCCAAUCAUCAAACGUAUCAACGAAGAGCUCAGUAAAAUCCCAGAGUUUGUCAAAGCCGAUGGUCUCCAUCAACCAGACACUCCUGAUGAGCUUAGACCCUGA